GAGAACAAUAUUCUACAUCUGCUACCAGUCAUUUUUAUUAAUUUGAAGUUGAUAUAAACCAGUUCUUACCACUCUUUUCUGUAGGACAUGGCUGGGUACAAGCCAAAGGUGAUUUCUCUAACCAAGAAGCCAAGUCAAACAUUUGGUUUUUACCUGAGGGUGGAGCAUGGGGAGGAGGGUCACCUCAUCCGCUGCCUGGAAAUGGGAGGUCCAGCUGAACUGGCUGGUAUGAAAGAUGGAGACCGCAUCCUGAGAGUGAAUGGAGCGUUUGUUGAUGGAAUGCCCCAUUCAGAGGUGGUAGACUUGGUGAGAAACAGCGGUGCAUCAGUGACCUUUCACAUCCUGGAUGAAGCCUCUUACAAGAAAGCCAAAUCAAAGGGAGUGAACCUGUCCAACUCUCAGGGCGCAUCAGUUGCCAACAGUGUCUCCAAACAGGCUGAAAAACCCAAACUCUGCUACAUGGUUAAGACCAGCUCAGGCUAUGGAUUUUCUCUGCGCUCAGCCAAAGAUGAGAGGGGUUUGUUCAUGACAGAGGUGGUCUCAGGCAGUGUGGCUCAUCAGGCGGGGGUCAGAAUCAACGACCGUCUUCUGGAGGUAAAUGGGGAGAAUGUAGAAAGCCUGACACACGAAGACGUAGUGGGCAAGAUCAAGUCCGCUGGCAACUGCAUCAUGUUCCUACUGGUUGAUGAAGAAACAGACAAGUACUACAAGAACAAGCAUAUGAAGAUGGGGGCAUGGUCAGCCACAACCAGGUAUCUCCCACACAAGCCACGUAAAAUCAACAUCACCAAAGGACCUGAUGGCUACGGCUUCAUGCUGAGGAAGGAGACCAACCAAAAAGAACACUUCAUCAAAGACAUUGACAGAGGCAGCCCAGCAGAAGCAGCAGGACUGAAGGAGAUGGACAGACUUGUGGCUGUGGACGGCAAGGAAGUAGAAAGCUGCAACCAUGAGCAGGUGGUGGACAAGUUCAUGCAGAGUGGCAACAAAUGUCUGCUUGUGGUGGACAAAGAAACGGACCAAAUGUGCAAGCUGGGGAAAGUAACGCCGAUGCUUUUCUGGGAGGAGAUGCAUGAUUCUAACUUGCCGCCCAGUUACACAGAGGCUAUGAAGUCACCUGCUCCAGUCCAACCAGCCAUACCUGCUGUGGACACAACAGUGCUAAAGCCUAAGCUGUGCAGGAUGGAGAAGGAUCCUGCAGGCUUUGGCUUUCACCUAAAUGGCAUUCAGGGUGUGUCUGGACAGUACAUCAAGGAUGUGGUGAGGGGUGGGGUAGCAGACAGAUCGGGUCUGGAGGAUGACGACAUCGUGGUGGAGGUAAACGGGAUAAAUGUGGAGCAAAGCGACCACGAUGAAGUGGUGCAACUGAUCCGCAGAGGUGGAGACUCCUUGGAGAUGUUGGUGGCCAAAAGGAACGUCUAUGACCAACUCAAAGCUAAAGGAGUGAACGUCACACGCCUGCUCCUCGGGGAAACAUCUUAUGCUCAGGUCCACAAGGAAUACACUCCAGAGGCUAGCAGAGAGGAGAAACACGAGGAGGCCAGCAGAGAGGAGAAACACGAGGAGGCCAGACCUGAAACCCCCACUGAAGCAGUCAGAGAGAGGACCUCAUCUUCAUCAUCGUCUGCAUCAGUGGACAGUUUAGAUGAGAGAUUAUAAGAAGCCACCGGAUGACGUCCCUCAUUUCACCCUUGUCAUUCUUAAUGUUGAUCAAUCUUUUUGACAAUUCACGCAGCCGAUCAAUGUCAGGGGAGUUAGAAAGAUGACAUGGAUACAUGGACAGUGAUGACUUUGGAAGCUCAGUGUCAUACCUCAAUCAUGACUGAAUAGCAGCAUGUAUAAAAAGUUGAGAAUGAAGCAUAAUCCUGAGUCAUUUUGUCUUCCUUCAAUGCAAAUCGUUGAUCCAGCCACAGAUGUGUCGGCACGAUGAUCAGAGGAAUGCUCUUAUUUAAACUUAAAAACCUUGAGAAUGAGAAUUUACGACCUGCAGAAGCUCAAAUUAAAAUGUUGCCAGUUAAUGCUGUGGUCUUUAAUGUAUAGUUCUGUAAGCAAGAGUUGCUGUCUUUAUUUAAUGUUCUGAAAAUUUAACUUUUUAUUUUCAUUUCUGAAAUUACAACCUUCAUGAACACAAAUAAACACAUACGAUCUGAACUCAG